CUUCUGUCUGAUUUCAUGAGUGAAUGACACACCAUGCAUUUUCACUAGUACAGGAUAAUAAAUGGUAUUUUUACCAUAAGUGCCGACACACUGGUGGCAGAAUUAGUGCUACGGUAGAGUAGCAGCAUGGCUAACCAAAACACAAUGGAAACUCACAGACUGGUAAUGUGUAGCGUGACCACCCCCACCCCCCAACCGACACAUCCCAUGCAUCAAAACAGAGCAGGGAGUUGUGUUUUUGCCAGAAUAAAUGGGCGUUCAGACUGAUCCUGUAAACAAGGUCAACAAAAGACUCUUUUUCCCAUGACAUAAUUGGUCAAGCGUUUGAUGGAUGAUGUCACCAUCUGGUGCGAUGCGUGAGGUUCAAAAUAGCCUCACACAGCUUCUACUAGAAGCUAAUGCAUAGUUCACUGAAGACCAACACUGGUCUUCAGUACCUUAUGAGACUCAGAUCUGUUGAAUAAAAACAGUGUAAAGAUCUCACAAUAUAAUAACUCCCAUGUCUUUAUUGCUUGGUUACUCAUGCAUUCUGCUUGUCAGUCCUGAUUUGUUCCAUGAUGUUGUAUUUCUUCCACAGGUUUCUGAAGGUGGAUACUUGAAUAUAGUGCAGGAUGCAGCAGCUCCACUUUCCUGUUCAGAGGGCUUUACAGAACUGGGCUACUAUAAUGGCUCAGUUUCCCAUACGGACUCAGGCUCUCCCUGCCUGAAGUGGACAGACUUCCCGUACUACAUACAGCAGUAUCCUGGCCGAGGCCUGGGAGGCCACAACUUCUGCCGAAACCCAGACCAAGAGGCCAACCCUUGGUGCUUCUUCAGGCGGAAAUCCGGGGCGAUCAGUUGGGCCUACUGCGACUGCCAUCAGGGUGCAGCCAGAUUGGUGGGGGGGUCAUCAGGCAACAGUGGACGUUUGGAGGUCUACCUGAAUGGCCAGUGGGGGGCAGUAUGUGACACACACUGGACCGAUCGAGAUGCCACUGUCAUAUGCAGACAGCUCGGACUGGGUGAGAUUGGUACAGCCCUGCAGCAUUCCUACUUCGGCCCCAGAUCUGUCUUCCACUAUGAACGUCUGGGUUGCCGUGGCAAUGAGAAUUCCCUACUGGAGUGCUGGAGCAGAAAGUUUGCCACCACUGAUUGCAGCCAUGGCAAUGAAGCAGGGGUGCUUUGUGCUGAACCUGAAGGCACUGACAUGCCUUUGAGACUGGUGGGAGGCCUGGAGGAUUUUGAAGGCCGUGUCGAGGUGUACCAUAAUGGCAGAUGGGGAACCAUUUGCAAUAACAAGUGGGAUGACACUGAUGCUGAGGUGGUGUGCCGACAGCUCGGCUUGGGGGGUGUGGCCAAGGCAUUGACAUGGGCCCACUUUGGCCAGGGUUUUGGCCCCAUCUUGCUGGAUGGAGUUCAGUGUACAGGCAAUGAACUCUCUCUGGCGGAGUGUCCUCAUAAUAACUGGGAGCAACACAACUGUGACCACAUGGAAGAUGCUGGGGUGUCCUGCAACCCAUACACAGAUGGUGCAGUCCGACUGGUGGGAGCGGAUAGUCACUGGGAAGGUCGCCUGGAGAUUUACCACCAGGGAGAAUGGGGCACUGUGUGUGAUGACAGCUGGACUGAGCUCAAUGCCCAGGUAGUGUGUAGACAGCUGGGCUUCAGGGGCCAAGUAGAGGUGCCUGCUGAGGUGGUGUAUGAAGAAGGCCAGGGGCGGAUCCUGCUGGAUGAGGUGCAGUGUCAAGGAACAGAGGCCAGGUUACUAGCCUGCACCCACUCUGAGUGGGGCCGACAUGACUGCUCCCACAGCGAAGAUGUCAGUGUCCGCUGUGAGAUGAGAAGUGAUACCAACGGGAUGCUGGACCUGCUGCCUCCUGGUGGCAAGUACACAUGUUGGUGGCUACUGAAGAAGCAUAUAGUCAUUACUCCUGCUUAUGAGAUCAGUGUGCAUUUCCCUGGCCCUCUGGUGCGUUUGGCUGGUGGUGAGAGCAGGAAGGAGGGUAGAGUGGAGAUCUUCAUUAAUGGCCAGUGGGGAACCGUGUGUGAUGAUGGCUGGAGUGAUGUCAAUGCAGCUGUAGUUUGCAAACAGCUGGGAUUCACUGGCACGGCUAAAGCUCGAUCCAUGGCAUACUUUGGUGAGGGUCGAGGUCCCAUCCACAUGGACAAUGUUCGAUGCUUGGGUACCGAGACGUCUUUAGGCCAGUGUCCGGCUGAGGGCCAAGAUGGACAUGACUGUCACCACAGUGAGGAUGCAGGUGCCAUCUGUGAUUACACCCUGGAUUCUGUGGGAGAUGGUGCCAAAACAAUGCAGACCUGUGGUCUGAGACUCAAUAACCAGCAUCGUCGACGCAGGAUCAUAGGGGGAGAUAAGUCCCUGAGGGGUGAGUGGCCCUGGCAGGUGUCUCUGUGGCUCAGGUUUCAGUCUAAAGGCAGCCAUCCUCUGUGUGGAGCUUCACUCAUCAACCCCUGCUGGAUUGUGACUGCUGCCCACUGUUUCAAGAGGUUUGGCAGAGACCCAACCCGCUAUAUGUUGCGCCUGGGUGACUACCACACUGAGGAGCAGGAUGACUUUGAACGCACCUUGUCUCCUGAAUGCAUCAUCAUACAUAAAAAGUACCAUAGUCAGGGCUGGGAGUAUGACAUCGCCCUGCUGCGGCUCAAAGGCACAGAAGGCAGCUGUGUGGCAUCCAACCCUCACACCGGUGCAGUAUGUCUGCCAGAGUCAGGUAACAAGUGGGAGAAGAGACCUGCUUCCUGUGUGAUCACUGGCUGGGGCAUUACAGACUCAGAGUACUCCCGAACUCUGCUCCAGGCCUGGGUGCCCCUGCUUCCAGCCUGGAAGUGUAAGAAGCGAUACGGUGAUCGCUUCACCAGCCGCAUGCUGUGCGCUGGAAGCCUGUCGGUGCGCCACCGUGUGGACAGUUGCCAAGGUGACAGUGGGGGUCCACUGGUCUGCCAGGGAGAGGGGGGACGUUGGGUGCUGACAGGGGUCAUCUCAUGGGGUCAUGGCUGUGGUAAUCCCUCAUUCCCUGGGGUAUACACGCGUGUUAGCAGGUUCCUGCGAUGGAUUGACAAGGUCAUCAACAAACCCUACAAGAACUAAAGAUGGGGAAAACACUUCCCAACACUGAUUACCCAGUGUUACUACAUGGCUUCAAGGCUUGUAGCAGGAGAUGUUUAUUGGUAGAAUUAAGCAUGCUGGCCAUUGCUUCUGUGUUGUGCCACCUGACCACCUACACUGAGCUUUUCAGAACAUUGGUUUCUUUUCCCACAUCACUUCAGACAACAUGUACAUGACAUUGUAUGUACUUAAUGCCAAAUUUCCUUAUAGUAAGGGACACUUGUGCUGUGCCCAGCUCUCAU